AUGGAAAUUGAAAAUAAUAGAUAAAAACCUAACAUUUUAAUUACAGGAACACCAGGUGUUGGUAAAAGUACUUUAGGAAAAUUAUUAAGUGAACAUAUUGAAGGUCUUUAAUAUGUUGAUGUUGGAUUGUUAAUUAAUUAAAAGAAAUUAUAUAAAUAAUGGAAUCAAGAAUUUAAUGUUCCAGAAUUUGAUUAAGAUAUGGUAUGUGAUGAAUUAGAACAAGCUAUGCAAAUUGGAGGAAUGAUUAUAGAUUUUCAUACAUCUUCUUUCUUUCCUGAAAGAGUAAAUAAUACUUAUAUACUUAGUGGUUUGAUUUAGUUGUCUUGUUAAGGACCAAUAAUACUGUUCUCUAUGACAGACUUAAAGCAAGAGGAUAUGAAGAAAAAAAAAUAACUGAAAACAUAGAAUGUGAAAUUUUAGAUGUAAGCAAAGAUGAGGUAGAAAGGUUAUUUAUAUAUUGUAAUUAUGUUUAGUUCUUAUAAAUAAAAUAUUAUUAUGGAAUUGAAUAAUGAAGAAGUACCAUAAUUAGAAUAAAACAUCUUAUAAAUUAUUGAAUACUUAAAACAAUGGAAAUAAAUCUAAUUGUAAAAAUAAUAGCAAUAAUAAAUCUAAUGA